GGCAGAUGGAUAAAUGUGCAAACAGGGACCAGGAAUGUCUGUUGUGUUGCAGGUGUCAUGGCCGACGAGGUUUAAUUUAGACGGUUAGAUCGUAAACAAAGAAACUAUGGAUGAUCGAGGCGGGGUGGAAGGUGCAGAAGACAUGUCCCAGUUCUGCAACCCCAACUUAACCCUGGAGCAGCUGCUUGCAGGGGUCAAGCCCUCAGAUCUAGAUGGGGUUGAUGGUGGCGAAUACAGGACAUCUGGAACUGGCACAGGUUAUCAACCAUGGUCAACCUACACCGAUGACGACCCUCUCAAUUUGUCCUGGGCACACUUGGGCGACUUCAACACUAAUUCUUUCUCUGACUAUAGCCACAGUGGUCAUACUUCACCAACAUUUUCAAGUGGACAAACAUCCCCGACUAAUUUUGCCAGUGGCGGAGGCCAGAUACCAAUGUUCCGUGACUUUGCUCCCCAGGUAGUUCCAGCCGAUUCUAAUUCCGAAAAUGGUUCUGAGAACAACUCCGUGUUUGGAGGAAGGCAUGAUGGUUUUUCAGCUGGCAUUGAUUUUAAUGAUCCAUUGAAGAGAGGCAAUGUCUUCAGCAGUGUCAUGAACAAUAAUAGCAGUCAUAGUAACUGGACUGACUACAUGCCGCAAUACAAUCCUUUUGGUACUUCGACCGUACUACAGGAAUUGGAAAAGAACAGACCCGGACCUAAACCGAAACGCAGCUAUUCGGAUGUUGCCAAGAAUAGGCCAAAGUCAACGAAUGGUCAGGAAGAGCAUGAGGGGCGGGAGAAACGAAGCAGUAGUUUAUCUGAGGAUCUGACAUUGCCAGUUGGGCCGUCUGGGUUCAAAGGAAAGAAAAAGGCUCCAGUCAAGUCACGUGGAUUCACCUCUAAAAGAGGACAAUCAAAAGACAAUUUAUGUAGUAACAUACUGCCUGAUGCUAAGUAUGGUCUGGAUUCAUUUGAUGAGCCAGUAUCCGGGGGGGAUAGAGAGGGGUCUGAGAGAAGUGAUUCUACUGACAAUCUGAGUGAGACUGGGAAAACUAGCAGUACUGCCAGUGGAAUUGAUGAAAUUCACCUUUCAACCAACAUCAAUGCUUAUGGUGGAUCUGGAUCAGUGCGCAUUGCAGGAUCCCGAUAUGACCCAGUUCUUGGUGAUAUUGAUGUUGAGCCCGAGGUGGUUCAUAACGAUGAGAGGAAACCUGAAACGAAAGCCUUCUUCGACCCGAAAAGAAUCUUUGCUCCGAGACCAAACAAUGCACCAACAAAGAAAUCGACAAAGAAUUCAAUCCCGAAUAACCGUGACAACAGCAAGUCCACCUAUUCAAAUGAUGAAGAGUUCAUCCUCAAUAAUGGGAAAUGUCGUUCCAACUUCAACUCAUCUACCGCUCCUAAAACUGCGAGUUACAUCAACAAUGAUUUGCGGGACCGCUCUGAGCCACGGAAGCAGACCAAUACUGAGGCGAAACUGAACCAUGAUCGCGUGAACAGCUCCUCGGGGAACCAUGCCGAUGGCAGUGCAAAUUGUCGCGUGAAUAAACAGAAGUCUCAUGAAGGCCAGGAGAGGGUGAACCAUGGUGAAUCUCAGAGGGCAGCGAAACAGAAAAAAGUGCAGAUGGGAUUGGGCAUUGGGCGCCUAUUGGAGAUGAUGUACCUUUGGAUGAAAUGGUGUGCUAAAGAUGUGGUUGCGGCCAUGUUUCUCUACGUAGUUGCAGUGACAUGGAGGGUUGUAACACUUCUGACUUCCAUUGUGAAAUUUUAUACGGUAUCAGUUUGUAGCUCGACAUACUCAUGGAUUAAAAAUCGGCUGCAGUCCCUUUUCCCGCAACGUUACAAAACUGGUAGGACUUGGUCUGGGAUGCCUUCAUAUCAACAACAAUCAUAUGGAUUAGAAGAAAAUAUACCUUUGCCGUCUACAGGGGAUGAGGCCAUGAAGCGAUUACUGUCUUGUAGUAGAGGAAAAGACCCAUACAGCAUUUUAGGACUUCGAUCUGACUGUUCAGAUGAUGAUAUAAAGCGGUAUUAUAGAAAGCAGGCUGUGUUAGUUCACCCUGACAAGAACUCCCAACCCGGUGCUGAAGAGGCGUUCAAGAUCUUAGGACAUGCAUUUGAAUUGAUCGGUAAACCAGAAAAACGACUAACAUAUGACCAACAGUGCAAGGAGACUCGUGCUGCUGAAGAGGCUAUGCAAGAAUUUGCUGAUCUGCUGACGAAACUUCAGGAGAAGAUGCAGGAGGCUGCCAAUAUGAUGCGUUGUGAUCACUGUGGCGGUAAACAUCGCCGAAUCCCUGUUGACCGUCCAUGCUACAGUGCUAGACAGUGUGAUAGGUGUAAUACAAGGCACUCGGCUAAAGAGGGUGACGUAUGGGCGGAGAGUUUAAUGCUAGGAUUCCUAUGGUAUUACUAUGCAUGUAUGGAUAACAAGAUCUAUGACAUUACUGAAUGGGCUGCCUGUCGUCAAGGCGACUACUUCAAACAUAUGUUGGCGAACUCUCAUCAUGUGAUAUACCGUAUGGCUGUAAACAGCAAUCGUCAUCAACAUCAUCAUCAGGGCAGGCAAGGUCAAGGAGGGAAUGACGGUGAUCUCGAGGACUUCAUCAACCACCUGUUCACCAAAUCUAUGCAGAAUGACCAAAAGGACGGUUUCAGCGGAUCACAGCAACCCAGUCGCCCUGCAUGGAACUCUGCCAACAAGACCAACAAGAAGCGAGGAAAAAAGAAGAAGCAUUAAGGAUCUUGUUUUAGGAUGGCCAUGUGGAUGGAAAUAUGUAUUUCAUUGCUCAGUUGUGUCACGUGUUGUAGUUUUACCACACUCACUUUUUUGUCCGGAGUAUCAAACUGAUAAUAAUGAAUUCACAUCGGCCCUUCAGAGCUGUUGAGACACAGACUUGUAUAUUUUUGCUUCAUUAUGAAAAUCAUCAUGAUUACUUUUUGCGCUGCACUUGCCCAUUCCUGGGUGGGGGGGUUAAUGUUAUGGUUUUUUUGUGAGUUUUUUUUCAGAAAAGCAAGAUAUUUCUACAAAAGAUCACGAAGUAAACCUAUUCACCUUUUUGAUUGGGCUGGGGAAAAGUCUCAGUAUUUUUUAUUCGCCUGCCUUAAAACAUUUUAAAAACCUGUUGUUCAACUCCCUUACAAGGCCAGUAAAUUUUGAUAUGACCGUUGAAUGAAGUCUGUCUGUUUAAAAAUUCCAGGGCAAUUAAGAAAUAAACCUAAAUUAAACCUUACAGACAGACAUACAAGCAAAUAUAGAUUAUCUAUGUGUCUAGAUUUAAUCUAAGCUUAUAGAUUAAUCUAUACUUGAUACAAGUGUGGUGCUACAGAUAUAGAAACUAAAACAGUAAAAAAAAUUUAAUUGAUGUGACUAAAUGUGAAGUGGGCUGCUAUGCAGUUCAAUGGAUUUUGCUUUUGGUGCUUUGAAUGAGGUAACCAGUUCCUAGAUUUGACACAUUUGAUGCUGGGUAAGAGAGUUCUCAAAGUCCAAGCAGAUGUACAGAGGUUGUGAAGAUAAUUGCAUCACAAAAAAAGCCGCCAUUUUUGACAUCAAAUUCACGUCAUGUGGCACAUUUUGUCCCCUGUGUAACAGUAUGCAGUGGUGAGGUUUGGCAACACGGUCAUUGACAUGGAUUGUAUCCAAAGUGGAUGUAGCAAUGAUGUCCGUGCUCAAUCUGUUAAGAUGAUUCCCAGGACGUAAUGGAGGAUAUGACUUCUAAACACACGGGUGGGUCCCAGGCGAUGGUCCAUUCAUGACGUCCGACAGGGAGAACUCUCAUCAAAACUAGCCACACCAGCCAAAUCACUGUGGCAUUAAAACAUGACUGUCGGCCUGGGAGUCCUCUAUAUGCUGUGUUGUACUUGUGGCGCAGUUAAAUUUGUACUAUGUUGAAGAAUUUUCAAUUGAUAAGACAAUCAAUUCACAGUAUGAUGUGUUAAACGACUUAGACUGUUGGAGGGUGAGUGAGGAGUGCCACUUGUUCUACACUUCCAACUGGAACCUCUUGAUUCAACCCUCAUUGGCUUUGAAAUGUUCUGCCAAUGCCAAGUUGAAAACCUGGAAGGAAAAGGUGUUGACAUUUGAGGUCUAAAUCAUGUAGCAGUUGGUAUACUCAGUAUUCAGACAAAUAAAUGUUCUAUGUGAUUUUCAUCAUUAUUACUGAUAGGUCUCAAUUAUUAGUUUGCGUAUAUGUAAAUAUGUGAUGAGUUUGUUAGCUGUAUCCACUGGCCUGAAUAUAUAACGGUAUUAUAUUGAAUAUUCAUACUUAAAUGUACUAUACAGUGGGUCCAAAUAAGUACAGUUACCCUUGCAUCUAUCAGACUCGACUGGACCAGUAAUUUUUGUUUGUUAUAUAUCGAAAAUCUUUUUGCCAUUUUGACUCGGGACUUGUUACUUGCAAAGAUAUGGUUAAUGCGAGUCCGAUAUAUGCAGUGUUUGCUUUAUCUUGUUCAAGUGUCAGUGAGAAAACUAUUGAAUACAGCGUGGCAACAUGUUUUCAAAGUAGUACUUUGUGGUCACAUUUUCUCUCCUGAUUACAACACCCUAACACCACUAGCCUGAUUUUUUAGGAUGACCGGACAAAAUACCAUUGUUGCAGCCCAGCCACGACACAGAACAAAGAAAACAAUUGAAAUUGGUUGAAACUGAACUUUGUUUAGAAAGAGUGUGUUAACUACAACCAAAGAUGACCCAAUAAUCUUGUCUCAGUCAUACAGUACUUUUCUCACUGAUUUGGUUUUCAUAUAGGCUGGCUGUAUUAGGGAACUCCUACACGUCCAAAUGUACAAACUGGACCCUGGGUGGUUAACGUGCUUAGUGCUCAUGUGCACGCCAUAAUUAUGUAUUCUCAUGGCUGCGGAAACUGAAAAUCAGAUUGUAUAUGGAUGUUUUUAUGUUAUCAGACCAGGUGAAGCAUUUCAUUUCGAACUGGUCGCUGUUUUUGUGGCUUCCUUCUUUACAUCCUUCCGCCUUGUUCAGAUUAUGAACUUGCCUGGAACACGGCCCGUUUUUUUCCUGAUGGCUAUUUUGAGAUGGAUAUCGAAUAAUGAGUAGAGUCCGAAGUCUGAUAUAUUUGGUAUUGUGAAUUAAAGACGAAUCAUGCCAACCCAUUCCUAUCAAUGAAUAUAGUUCCAUCACACAAAAAAUGAGGCGGACUUCAAUUGCCAUCUCAAGCUUCAAAAUCUUGGUGAAGGUGUUGAGCUGUUUUUUGGAACACACUGUAGAGUGAAAUUCCUGUUGGUUUGAUAUAUAAAUUUGUAUAAGUUCAACUACUGGGCAAUGUGCGACAAUUUUGACAUCCUGGUCAUUGUUUCGGCAUGGACUACAUGUGUAACAUUAUGUCAAACUCCUCGCAGAUGGGGGACAUCAAUAUAUAUUUAUGUACCGUAGUUGGGGCUUGUUGUUCAUAACUGUUUGUUGGCUGUAUGGGUAUUAACGGAGAAUGACUCUGGGUCUGUCUUCAGAGAAAUUCUAUAAAGCUGCUCAAGGUUAUCUUCUCAUAUCGAGCUUUUGUCCCGAAAAUAUUAAAGGCCUAUGUCAUUCUUUUACAGUACUUUUCAUCUUCUCUCUGUCCCUCAAAUUAAUUUAAAGAAACAUUGCCAAUAUAGAGUAACCAGGCUUGUCAAUGUGAGCUGUGAGGAGCGACCCACAAUGAGAGUAUUUCUAUAUCGUUGUACACAUCUGCAAUGUUAAAAUUUGUAUUCAGUAUGUGUUUAGAUGACAGAUAUCCCAAAUUAAAUUUCAAAUUCAAAUUUUGAAUGAAUGGCGAGGGCCUUUUCGGUACAUGUAGGUGCUUAGGCCUGUGGUAGAUUUUUAGUAACGUUCCUAAAAUGACGUUGAUAUAGUUUCAGCUACUGAACUAUUCAUGGGGGGAGGGGGAUCAACCUAAUCAUGAAACCAAAUUGGGAAGAAGUUAUGAGUGUCUUCUUGCAAGCUUAAGUUUGAAAGAAAUAAUGGUCACCCAAAAUUUAUAUGGCUAAAAAUGAUGUUCAGAUCAGUGUAUGUUUCACUAAAAAUUCUUUGAUUUGCUGAAAAAUGAUAUUCUAUUUUGAGAAUUCCAUGUACCGGUGAGCGUAAAUUGUUGGGGUGCAAAAUGUUACUCACUCUACAAACUGAGCUAAAGGGAAAUUUUUCAAAGCUGGGCUAGUAGGAAUGAUGCCGCCAUUUUAGAAGAUCAAAAUAAAAUUCCAAAGACGUUUUGCAUUCUUGUUUGAGACGCAACAAGUAAGACCCAUCCUACCAGUAGGCCUAUGCGUUGUUCAUGAUGUUAAGACCACAAGCGGGACCGUUUCUAAAAUAUCAGGUUUUGCAUUCUUGCCUGAAGCUGAUCCCAGAGAUAUCUUGGUUUGCCAUAACCAGCCAACCCACCUGAGUAUAUCAAUGCGGACCCAGACAUUAUUAUUGUCAGUGUUGUUCUACUUCUCUUUAUUUCGACCAGGAAGUUCACCGAGAAUUAUAAAGAUAACCUUUUCUGCGACCACCAUGCCACGAAAAAAAAACCCCUUGAAAAUUAUGGGUUGUGUUAUGGCAGGCAAACAAUUAAGGUCAGUCAAACAACUCGAAGUUCUUAAAGCGCAAUUAUAACAGUAUUCUUUACUGUAUUAUCAGACUUAAACUAUUAUUGUCUUCCAGACCUGGAAACUACAACGACUUUCAAAUUGUGAAAUUUUGUGAACUAAAUCCCUUGUUCUGAGGUUGAAAAAUCGCGAAACUUCCUCAGUAAAUGUGUCAUCAAGUGAAGGUGAUAGACUUCACCGAUUAUGAAUUAGCUCAUCCCAACAAUGAAGCUGUCCUCUACAUGUUAAUCAUAUGUUUACUACAUUCUCGUACGAUGUACUGUAAACUGCUUAGUUUUCACAGGCGUUUUAUUUUUCACGAAAAACCCUAGAUUUAGGGAGAAAAAAAUAAUGUUAAUGGUAAAAAACGCAGGAAAUUCUGUAAUUUGCCCCCAAAAAACAAUAAUAUUCGCAAAUCACAAAAAUGUAACUGUGCCAAAAUUUUGCAGUUAACAGUGGGUUGAGUGGACUACAUAUCGCCCUUAAAGGGUUUCUAUUGAACAGUCACUUCCUCUCAAAGGUAGUCAGGUAUUUUUUGAGGUAAACCAAUAUCUUUAUUCACCAUCAGAUGUAAAUUGAUUUUCUUCCUACACAUGUAGUAGUAGUUGAUUGCUUGUGUUAAUUUUAGAGUAGUCGAAACUGGUAUGAUUCAUGAACAGCCAUAUAUAAUUUUUCAUAUCAUGUUCAGAGUACAGUUAUGAAGUAUGUGUUGACAUUGUGUUAACUUCCAGAAUGAAAAGCAAAUAAAGUUAUUUUGGCAUUCUAA